UAUACUAUUUUAUUUUUAUUUAUCAAAUAAAAAAUUUAAUUUUAUCAUAUUUUAUUUCGACUAGUUAGACCUUUCAAUAAAUAAUAAAAGAUUUUAAAAUCAUUUGGUACACAUACGAAUUUUGUAAAAGAAGAAUAUACCAUAGACUGGGCUGACUUGCCAUCACAAUCAGCCCACCAUAAAGCUUUCAACACUCCACUGGGCCUGUGAUUGAGUUGUCGUUUCAUUGUACUAUUUGCUUUUCUCAGAUUGGGCCCAUCUAGUCCAAGGCCUCACAAAUAUUCAGGUCAGAUGGUCCGAACUACACGGCAUGUCGUUCUUGAGUUAUCGAGUUAAAGUCUUAAAUGGGUGACUGGUUUUCAGAGUUGUGGUUGAGUGUAUUAAUUAAUUACCUGUUCUGGUUUUCGUCCGAAGGUCGCAUUCACCGUCGCAGUGGCUGAUUUACUCUACUUAUUUAUUACCAUUUGCAGGGCGUUCUGUCCUGUCCAAUCACUUGGAUUGGCAAGCGUUUUAUUUGAGACUUGAUAGACAGAAACUCUUCCGUUCCAGUUUUGGCGCAGUGAAAAAGGAUCUCUUCAAUUUGAAGCGUUAACAUCCAGAUUUGCUGUUUCCUACUAUUGAUCUCCAGCUCCAGGUUCGGAGGACUGAGCGAGAAGCCUAUGAAUGUAGCUGCUGAGUUUGGAUAACUGCGUCGAAUUUGUGUGACUCGUUGAUGUUGUAUGUAUCGGGAUGCUGUAGAGACCGGACACUCAUACAGAAUUGGUAGCGAGGGCGGCUUUUUUCUUUUUAAAAUCAUUUUCGCUUCUGGUGGAAGCAAAGAGUAGGCAAAAUGAUCGUCAACAAGCCGCUGGUCUUGACUUAUCUCUACCUUUUGAUCUACAUUUUGCUUUCAUCGGGUGUAAUCUUGUAUAAUAAGUGGGUUCUCUCACCGAAAUAUUUCAACUUUCCAUUUCCCAUUACUCUAACAAUGAUCCACAUGGCAUUUUCGGGAACAGUAGCCUUUUUCCUUGUUCGUGUAUUCAAGGUUGUAUCACCAGUCAAAAUGACUUUUGAAAUAUAUGCAACGUGUGUAGUACCAAUAAGUGCCUUCUUUGCAGCCAGCCUUUGGUUCGGUAACACUGCUUAUUUGUACAUUUCGGUGGCCUUCAUCCAGAUGCUUAAAGCUCUAAUGCCAGUAGCGACGUUUGUUGUGGCUGUUUUGUGUGGCACUGACAAAGCAAGGUGUGAUGUGUUCUUAAACAUGUUGCUGGUCAGUGUUGGGGUUGUCAUCUCCUCAUACGGGGAAAUUCAUUUUAAUGUAGUUGGCACAGUUUACCAGGUUACAGGCAUCUUUGCAGAAGCACUUAGGCUGGUUUUAACUCAAGUCCUCCUUCAGAAGAAGGGCUUGACUCUAAAUCCUGUCACCAGCUUAUAUUACAUAGCUCCAUGCAGUUUUGUCUUUCUGUUUGUGCCUUGGUUUUUACUGGAGAAGCCUAAGAUGGAAGUUUCACAGAUUCAGUUUAAUUUUUGGAUCUUCUUCUCUAAUGCUCUUUCUGCAUUGGCCUUGAACUUCUCCAUAUUCCUAGUAAUUGGUAGAACUGGAGCAGUCACUAUAAGGGUUGCUGGUGUUCUGAAAGACUGGAUACUAAUAGCCCUUUCAACUAUCAUAUUUCCCGAGUCUACGAUAACAGGGCUGAAUAUAAUUGGUUAUGCAAUAGCACUUUGUGGUGUUGUCAUGUACAACUACAUAAAGGUUAAGGAUGUCCGAGCAUCUCAGCUUCCUGAAGCUAUUCCGGAAAGAAUCACAAAGGAUUGGAAGUUGGAGAAGAAGUCAUCUGAUAUAUUUACACCUAAUAGCAACAGUGAUAACCAUGGAGGUGGUGGAGGUAGCAAUUCUUCUGAUUUGAAUGUUGAUGAAGAAGCACCUCUAAUUCCAUCAAGGUUGUCGCACAUUGGACGCACGCAAUUUAGUAAUCAUGCGGCAUGAAUUUUUUGAAUGCUCAACCAUAGGUGUUGGACCUUUUUUUUUUUCCCUUUAAUAUCCUGCAGGAGACUGAAGAAGCAAAAUUGCAAAAAGGAAACCAGUUCAAGCACGGUGUGAACCCUUUGAUUUCAAGAGCAUAUUUUCAUUUUUUAGCUUAUUUGUUUCACCCCUGCGAUGAGUAAACGUGAAGGGGCAAGUAACUGUAACUACAUUGUAGAAUUCACAACUCAUCAUUUUCUAGUCGUAGUGUACGCAGAUGGUAGCUUAGGCCCAGUAGUGGGUGAACAAGCUCCCAUUAAUAUAAGCAUUUGAACACUUUGCCUUUCUGAGUGAUGAUUCAAAAGCUGUCGUGGUGGUUCAGCUGCCCAAUAGAAAUUAAUAUGGAUACCAAGUUGCUCCAUCUCAA